CUCUGUUAGUGGGUAUUUAGACUGGUGAAAAGCGACGACAUUGCCACUACCAGCAAAAGCUACUUACGGCGGUUUCUGAAUACUUUUGAUUUUGAUGCUUUAGAAUUCCGAAGAGUUAACAAAUGAGUUUAAUACACGAUAGUUUAGUAUUUCCGUACACCGCAUUGAACAUUAUCAAUAUUUUCAUCAUCCAUGUACGCAACAAGGCACCAUAAUUAAUCAUUUCGUUUAAAAUUUGAAUCAAUGGCUAGUGUCUCAAUUUAACUAAUCCAUCAAAAUCUAAUGCAGUCCAAAACUCAUGGAAAUUUGAUUAAACACAUAAUUGUAAACAAUGAUCAAUUCACUGGUAGUAUUUAGAAGUGUGUAUUCAUCUAUCUUUAUGUGACUUGAUUCAAUUUUACUGUCUUGUUUUAUCGUACAAUUUUAUUGUGGUACCGAGAGAAACGAUUAUAUAUUGUUUCGAAUAAGGAAUAAGGAAAGAUGAGAGGUCUUCUAAUUCUUUCACUCCUGGCUCUGACGAGCUGGAGUUCGGUUAACGCAGAUUUGGACUGGUGGCAAACGGCGUCAGUUUAUCAAGUUUAUCCGAGAAGUUGGAUGGACAGUGACGGCGACGGGAUAGGAGAUAUACCAGGUAUCGAGAGCAAACUGGAGUAUCUCGUCGAUACUGGUAUCGACACAUUUUGGAUGUCUCCUGUUUACGAGAGUCCCAUGGUAGAUUUUGGAUACGAUAUUUCAAACUUCACGUCUAUCGAUUCAAUAUUCGGGACGAUGGAUGACUUUGACAACCUGGUAGCGACGGCCAAGUCCCUCGGACUAAAAGUGAUCAUGGAUUUAGUACCGAAUCAUUCGUCGGAUGAACACGAAUGGUUUAUCAAGAGUUUGGCGGGCAUCGAUCCCUACACGGAUUACUACAUAUGGCACAAUGGUACAGAAUUGGAAAAUGGAACUAUCACUCGUCCUAAUAACUGGAUCAGCUACUUUGGUGGUUACGCCUGGACUUGGAGUUCGGAAAGGCAAGCCUACUACUAUCACAAGUUCACCGAAGAACAGCCGGACCUGAAUUACAGAAACGAAUUAGUUGUCCAGGAGAUGAAGGAUAUAAUAGAAUUCUGGUUGGACAGAGGCGUCGACGGUUUUCGAGUCGAUGCAGUCGACACUCUUUUCGAGGAUGAAACCUAUCCGGACGAACCUCUUUCCGGGCUGACUGACGAUCCAACGGAUUACGAUUACACUCUCCACUAUUACACAAUGGCUCAAGACGAGACCUACGAGAUGGUGACCCAGUGGCGCACUUUACUGGACGAUUACGCAUUCAAGACAGACAACGUAACGAGAAUAAUGAUGAUGGAAACUUACGAGAACGUAACGCAAGUAAUGAAAUUUUACGACGCUGGAGCGCAUUUUCCAUUCAACUUUUUCCUUAUCAUGAACGUCAACGGCUCCAACACCGCAUCGGAAAUCAAGGAAUUGGCGAUUGACGAGUGGUUGGACAAUUUACCCGAUAACGUAACGUCGGACUGGGUGAUAGGAAAUCACGAUAGAAAACGCGUAGCCACCAGAUACAGUUCGGAGCAAGUCGACGCGAUGAACAUGAUCAAUCACCUUCUUCCCGGAGUCUCUGUCACCUAUUACGGCGAGGAAAUCGGUAUGGAGAACCUGUGGAUAUCAUGGGAAGAUACGCAGGAUCCGUGGGCUUGUAACCAGGAUGAGGACACUUACGAAUUGUACUCGCGAGAUCCUAACAGAACCCCGAUGCAAUGGGAUGCUACUACUUCAGCCGGUUUUUCCACCAACGAGUCGACGUGGUUACCGGUCCACAGCAACUACCUUACCCUGAAUCUCGCCGCUCAAAUGGAGGCCGAAGUUUCCCACUACAAAGUCUACAAAGCGUUGAUUAGCCUGAGACAAGAGUCAGUAAUUCAAGAAGGAUCGGUAAACGUUCAACUGUUGACCGAUAACGUCAUGGCUUUCUCAAGGGAGCUUGAUGGAUCCGAUCCAGUGAUUGUCGUGACGAACUUCGCGAACAACACGGAGACGGUCAGUCUAGAUGUGUUCGAGAACGCGUCCGAUAAUAUGGUGGUUUCUAUAGCCAGUAUAAACUCGGAACUGACUGAAGGAACCGCGGUUUCGAGAAGCAGUGUUGAAAUCUCAGCCCUUUCUGGUAUCGUUUUGCGAAGUGGUACAGACAGCGGUGCCAACGCCAUUCUAUCGAGCGCAUUCUUCACUCUACUAAUGGCAGUCCUUGCUCGCUCAAUUCGCUGCUGAUUCAAACACCUCGAUGAAUGUAAUCGCCUCGCUUAGUUCAUCGUAUCGUAACCGUUGCGAUCACAUCAUCCUCACUUACGAGGUUUGGUUGUAGAAUAUUAGUAUCGUCGUUGUCGUCGUCGAAUGUUGAGGCGAUUGUUAUCCGUUCAGGUUAUCGUUAAUUGGAACGAAUCGAUGAAUCGGUUAUUGGCUAAUCGGAAUCUGGAGGACACAAUAAAAAAAAUUAAAAAAAAAAUACUGAGGAAUCGUGUAUUUUCAGUUGUAAAAAUUAUCUGAAUUUAUCAAAAACUAUUUUUCGUUUAAUUCAAUUCAGUAUUGUGUGUCUGAUAAGAUUAGCCAAAGAUCGUUGAUCGCUCAGCGAAUGUAAUGAAACACCCAAGCGUUGCAGAAUGCGACGUAAACAUGUACAUAUAAUAGCAAUAACAUUACAUAAGGUAUAUUACCCUACAAGAUAAUACAAUACUCGAAGUUAUCACGAGCUACAUCGAAAAUGUAAUUUGUGUUGAAAUUGUGCGUGUAAGAAAAUAAAUCUAAAACACUUCUUUCACCAAUU